AUGCCAUCUCGAGCUUGCCCCACUUUCGACAGCGAACGUUUGCCCCCACGCCACGACCUAUCUGACGGGAUGGACUCGUCGCGCGACGACAUCGACUCAAUAUCGGAGUGGUAUCGGACGCCGCGAAUCCCCGAGGAGCCAGACUGCUGUGAUAUCAUGUCGAAGGAUUUUAUACUGUCGAGGCGCGGCGCGUCGGUGCAGCACUCGCGCACCUCGUCGAUCGGCGCCUCCUCCGGGUCGGUGGACGAGGGCUACCUGGCGAUGGCGCCGGGGCCCGAGCCGCCGCUGGCCGUCUCCGCCUCCAGCGGCUCCAUCUGCAGCGGCACCCCGUCCACCGACCCGCGAUUCAGCGAGUACCAGCUGGAGCCGGCGACGGCGCACAUCAGCGAGGAGCGGUCGGCGCGCGCGUACAGCGUGGGCUCGCGGCCGGGCGGCGCCCGCAGCGAGCCGGCGCGGCUGCGCGCCUACAGCGCCGGCGCGCGCCGCCGCCCGCCGCCCGCCGCCGCGGCCGCCUGCUCCGCCCCCGCCGCGCCCCACCACCCGCUCCACCCGCUCCACCCCCACAGCCACCACCCGCACGCGCCGCGCCCCUCCGCCGGCGACUUCCUCGAGCUCGACUUCUCCGCCAACUCGCCCGCGCCCAAGGUGAUAAUCCCGCGCACGCCGCCCACCGUCGGCUUCGUCGAGUCGCGGCGCAACACCGACGAGUACGUGGACAUGUCGCCGCGCAACGCAGGCUACGUGGAGAUGAGGCCGGGAGAGCCGCCCGCUACGCCGCACCCGCCGGCCGCUACGCCCGACGGCUACGUGGAGAUGAGCUACGGCCGUCCCGCCACCGGCGCCGCGCCCCCCUGCCCCUCGCCGGCGGACGCGCACGAGGCGCCGCAGGGCGCGCAGGGCGCGCAGGGCCCCCACCACGCGCUCUCCACGGUGCGCGAGAUCUCGGAGGACGGCCGCCGCAGCCCCGACGCGGCGCCCCCUCGCUCGCCCUCGCCCCCUCGCUCGCCCCCUAACUCGCCCUCGCCCUCGCCCUCGCCCGCGCCCUCGCCCGACCAGAGGGACGAGCCCAAGUCGAAGCCGAUCGACGCGCCCGAAGUAAGAGAGCCCAACAGCGCAGCGGCGGGCAGCCCCGGCGGCGCGCUGCACUACGCCGCGCUGGACCUGGAGCCGAGGCGGGCCCCCGCUGCGUCGGCGCCGCGGCUCUACACGCAGAUCGACUUCCUGCGCAGCGAGAAGCUGCAGCCGCACGCCACC